GCCCCGCCCCUGCCGGGUGGGGCCAGAUGCCAGGGCGGCAAGGCUUCCCAGGGCUCCCUCCACGCACAGCCCAGAGCAGAGGCCAACGGAGGACCCAUGCCGGCCCCAUGAGGACGCUACUGACCAUCCUGGCUGUGGGAUCCCUGGCUGCUCCCAUAGCUGAGGACACCUCGGAUCUCCUCCAUCACGUGGAAUUCCGAUCCAGCAACUUCGAAAACAUCCUGAUGUGGGACGGCGGGCCCGCCACGGUCUACAGCGUCGAGUACAAGAUGUACGGAGAGAGCGGGUGGCUGCCCAAGGAGGCCUGCCAGCGCAUCACCCGGAAGUCCUGCAACCUGACCGUGGAGACCAGCCUCUUCACCGACCUCUACUACGCCAGGGUCACCGCCGUCAGCGUGGGGGGCCGGAACUUCACCAAGAUGACUGGCAGGUUCAGCCCACUGCAACACACUACCAUCAAACCACCUGACGUGACCUGUAUCCCCAAAGUGAGAUCCAUUCAAAUGAUCAUCCAUCCUUCCCCCACGCCUGUCCUGGCAGAGGAUGGCCACCGGCUGACCCUGGAGGACAUCUUCCCCGACCUGUUCUUCCGCCUGGACCUCCAAGUCAACCACACCUACCAAAUGCACCUCAGCGGGAAGCAGAGGGAAUACGAGUUCUUGGGCCUGACCCCUGACACGGAGUUCCUUGGGACCAUCGUGAUCUUCGUUCCAACCUGGUCCAAGGAGAGCGCCCCCUACGUGUGCCGAGUGAGGACGCUGCCGGACCGGACGUGGACCUACUCCUUCUCGGGCGCCAUCCUCUUCUCCAUGGGCUUCCUCGUCGCGGUGCUCUGCUACCUGAGUUACAGAUACGUCACCAAGCCACCUGCGCCUCCCAAUUCCCUGAACGUCCAGCAUGUGCUGACCUUCCAGCCGCUGCGGUUCAUCCAGGAGCGAGUCUUGAUCCCCGUCUUCGACCUCGGCGGCCCCAGCACUUUGGCCCAGCAAGUCCAGUACUCUCAGGUCAAGGUCUGCGGGCCCAGGGAGCCCCCAGGAGCUCCCCAGUUGCAUGGCCUGUCUGAGGUCACCUACUUAGGACAGUCCGACCUCGCCCUCCAGCCCACCAGCGUCCCACCUCAGCAGACACCCACCCCCCUGCCCUAUGCCCCGAAUGGGGUCCCUGAGGUUAGGCCCCCAUCCUAUGCACCGCAGGUAACCCCCAAAGCAAAAUCCACAGACUACACUCCACAGGCCACCUCUAAGGUCCUACCGCCCGCCUACAGCCCUCAGGCCACCCCCGACAGCUGGCCUCCCUACGGGCUGUGCAUGGAAGACUCUGGCAAGGACUCCCCCCCUGGGACACUCUGCAGUCCCAAACACCUCGGGCCUAAAGGCCAGCUCCAGACGGAGGCCCUGGCUGGACACUGCAUCCCAGGGGGCCUUUCUGUGCAUGGAGUGAUGUCCUUGGCUAUGGAGGAACCCCAAGAAGCAGAAUCAUCCCACCUGCAUCUUGGGGUUGGCACUGACAGAGUCCCGGACCUGGAUCUGCUAUGCACAGGGGAGCCGGGGACACCCCGGUGCCUGAAGGGCCAGCUGCCCCUCCUCUCCUCUGUUCAGAUCGAGGGCCACCCUGUGUCCCUCCCUUUGCACACUCCUUCCCUUCCAUGUUCCCCCUCCAACCAGGGUCCAAGUCCGUGGGGUCUGCUGGACACCCUCGUGUGUCCCAAGGACGAGAGUCCCGUGUAUGAGGCCGAGGCCCAGAGCCCAGCCCCUGGGGCCUCAGAGCCGGAGCAGCUGGCCGGGCUGGACUCGCUCUUCAGAGGCCUGGCCCUGACGGUGCAGUGGGAGUCCUGAGUGGAGAACCAGCCAGCGGGGGAAUCCUCCCCAGCCCAUCAGCAUCACAUUCUUUGGGGUCUGUCCCACGCCCAGCUGUGCCACACAGGUCACGGCCAGUCCCAGGCCUGUGCCCUUCAGAGAACCAGAGCAAGGAAGACACCUGGCCCGGGCUAGGGUGGGCUCUUCUUGGAAGAGAAAAGCGUGGUGAAGACUGCAGCUGAGGCGACACCUGCGCACGGCUCGGCGGUGCUCACAGCUCGCUGGCGCGCAGGGCACGGCGGCGCACAUGGCUCAGCGGCACGCACAGCUCGGCAGUGAACACGGCUCGGCGGUGCGCACGCAAACAGCUGCUUGAACAGCGUGGGCUCACAGUGUGGGUGCUGCGGGGAGCCAGAAGGUCAGAGUGUGGAGAGAGGAUGCAGGGAACCCUCCCGGGGUCCAGAGCCCCUGCCGUGAUACGCUGGACCCAGAGUUCCUGGGGCCUGCCCCCUCUCCCCUCUCCCGGCCAUUGUCACAAUCCAGUCCAACAGAGAGUGAGGCCUCUGCCUCUCCUGUGAUCGUCAAAAGCAAGAAAGGAGUCUCCUGGUCGGCGGGGCAGAACCGGAACAACCCGUACUUCUGCCGAGGCCGGAAACGCAAGGCAGGAUGGCGUGACUCCAGGGAGGGGUGCGGCCAGGGGCUCAUUCUCACCAGGACCACUUCCUGGAACUGUGCCAUGUCACCCCAUUUCUCUGCUAGAGCCUGGCGGCAGGUGGGGAGGCAGACCCAGAAACCUGUUCUGUAGGAGGGCGUUUCAGACCCCGCCCUGCCAUGUGGCCCCAAAGGGGAUAAGCCAAGAGCAGACCGUUCUUCCUUCACACCUUUGGGAACUGCUCAGCCCAUCGGGGUUCACGUUCCAGCCGCCCCACUUACCAGCUGUGACUUCAAGCAAAUGAAUCACUGCUCAGAA